CGCCUCCUCCGAGAACAGGCGGCGCGCCCCCCGCCGGGCCCUGCGCCCCAGCGUACGUCCAGCAGCCUCGUGGCGGGAGGGCGCAACUUUACCCCGGUCCUGGGCGGGGCGGGGCGGGGGCGGGACAACUUGGAAAACUUCUCUGGGGCGGACGGCAGGGACACCGGGCGCCGGUGGAAGAGAAUGUAGGAGGGCAGUGGCUGGCCCAGGGCGUCCCCGACCUCCUAAGCGCCUUUCGGCCUGGCCAUGGGGCUCCAGCGCCUUCAGCGCCGCCAGGGGGGCGACCCCCUCGUCUAGCCGAGCUGGGUGGGACAGCUCUGUCGCCGGCUGUGCACGCGCUGGGCGAGCAGCGCCCCUUCUGGCCGCGUCCGGCCCCGCCAUGGACCACCAGGAGCCCUACUCCGUGCAGGCCACUGCAGCCAUCGCGGCGGUCAUCACCUUCCUCAUCCUCUUCACCAUCUUUGGCAACUCGCUGGUCAUCCUGGCUGUGUUGACGAGCCGCUCUCUGCGCGCCCCGCAGAACCUGUUCCUGGUGUCGCUGGCCGCCGCCGACAUCCUAGUGGCCACGCUCAUUAUCCCUUUCUCGUUGGCCAAUGAGCUGCUGGGCUACUGGUACUUCCGGCGCACGUGGUGCGAGGUGUACCUGGCGCUCGACGUGCUCUUCUGUACCUCUUCCAUCGUGCACCUGUGCGCCAUCAGCCUGGACCGCUACUGGGCCGUGAGCCGCGCGCUGGAGUACAACUCGAAGCGCACCCCGCGCCGCAUCAAGUGCAUCAUCCUCACCGUGUGGCUCAUCGCAGCUGUCAUCUCGCUGCCGCCCCUUAUCUACAAGGGCGACCAGGGCCCCCAGCCCCGGGGGCGCCCGCAGUGCAAGCUCAACCAAGAGGCCUGGUAUAUCCUGGCCUCCAGCAUUGGAUCCUUCUUCGCACCCUGCCUCAUCAUGAUCCUUGUCUACCUGCGCAUCUACUUGAUUGCUAAACGCAGCCACCUCAGAGGUCCCAGGGCCAAGCGGGGCCCUGGGGAGGGUGAGUUUAAGCAGCCUCGCCCAGUCCCCCAGGGAGCUUCAGCCUCAGCCAAGCUGCCAACCCUGGCAUCUCAUCUGGCUGCUGCCGGAGAGGCCAACGGACAGUCCACGCCCACGGGGGAGGAGGAGGAGGGGGAGACCCCUGGGACCUCUGCCUUGCCACCCAGCUGGCCUGCCCUUCCUAGCUCAGGCCAGGAUCAGAAGGAAGGUGUUUAUGGGGCAUCUCCGGAGGAGGAGGAGGAGGAGGAGGACGAGGACGAGGAAGAGGAGGAGGAGGAAGAGUGCGAGCCUCAGGCUUUGCCAGCAUCUCCCGCUUCAGCUUGCAAGCCACCCAUGCAGCAGCCACAGGGCUCCCGGGUGCUGGCGACCCUACGUGGCCAGGUGCUCCUGGGCAGGGGUUUGGGCACUGCAGGUGGGCAGUGGUGGCGUCGGCGGGCACAGCUGACUCGAGAGAAGCGGUUCACCUUUGUGCUGGCUGUGGUCAUUGGCGUCUUCGUGCUCUGCUGGUUCCCCUUCUUCUUCACCUACAGCCUGGGUGCCAUCUGCCCACAGCACUGCAAGGUGCCCCACGGCCUCUUCCAGUUCUUUUUCUGGAUCGGCUACUGCAACAGCUCGCUGAACCCCGUCAUUUACACCAUCUUCAACCAGGACUUUCGCCGUGCCUUCCGACGGAUCCUUUGCCGCCAGUGGACCCAGACGGCAUGGUGAGCCGUCUGCCCAUGUGUUGGUGCCAAGUGGCACCAAGGCCACGCUGCUUCUUGCUCUGUUUUAUGUGGCCACCUUCCUGUGGUUUUCCGGUCCCUGCCUAGGUCCUGCAGGCCUCAUCUUGGGAGCCCACUGGGAGGGGCAGGGGCAGGGGUGCUGUUCACAGCGGUCCAUUUGAAGCCUCCCCUUGCUGGCUCGGCUGUGGGGCAGUGUCUUCUCCACCCCCUGCCUGAGCACAGGCAGAUGCAUGAGGCUUGGACCUUCCUGAAUGUAGCCGAGGCCAAGCUGGGGUAGAGCACCUCCCUCCCAGAGCCCCAGACCCAGGCAAGCCACUGGGUCGGCUUCCCUUCCUCGAAGACCCUAUGUUCCCUGGCAGGUCACUUGCUUGUGGUGUUUUUGUUUCUUUCUCAUCCCCAUAAAGAGCAGGAAGCCAGCCUUCCACUUUUCCCAGGAGGGCCUGCUACUGAGGAGGAGGCAGAAAUGACGACUGUGCAUCCACACUGGGCACCCAUGGUCCCCAGUCCCCAUCAGGCGCUGGGUGGGGGUUUAUGGGCUAGAACUGUCUCCGGGCCCUUCUUUCCCCUUCCCCCUGCUUUUGGAUCUGUACCUCCGUUAAAGGCCAGAACUGUGGAUCGUUUUCCUCCCCCCUCCCCCCUCUGGGAAGCGGGCAGGCACGUGGAUGCAUCAGUGGGGUGGUCUGGAGGCCUGGCCUCUGCCUCGACAGGAGAUCCCUGAUCGCUGGCAGUCACCCCUGCAAAAACCGGGGCGACAAUGGCUUGCCGCCUACUUGCCACAGGGAGAUGAAAGGCUUUGCAGAAAGCUUUGAGCUCCAUGGGGGAACGCACUAGAGAACCAGAAAAUGUGAUUAUUAGUUGAUAUAAAAAUCCCCUUUCUCUGUGUUUACCACCAACUGUCUUCCUGUAGACUUUUGUUCUGUGCCUGGGGUGUGUGAAUUCCUACCCCAAACUGGAAGUGGGGAGUGGCAGACAGAACCACUGUUUCAGCUAAAGGAUUUCUUUGAGAAUGUGUUCUUGUGCCUGUAAAGGUUGGAGUUAUUAUGUUGCAUGACAACUUCUCGACAUUUCACCUGCAACACCAAGAGGGUGUUCAAUGGCUUGGGCCCCCCAAUGGGGGAUGUCUUUUGUCAUCAAGCAGGCAAAUUGUUUCCCCAAGAUAGCUAAAAAUACCUACACCAUGAGAACAGUCUGAGAUGAGAGCGUGUGGCAGGUGACAGAGCCCCAGGCGGGGUGCUGGGGUUGGAGCAGGUGAGCAAGGGCCCCGUGGACUCCUGGGGGAGCCUCCCACUGGAGCCCCUGGGCAGGUCUCCAAGUCCCAAAUGGGUCCUUGUGAUGCAUAACUGAUCCCACCCUGGUGGGUGCCGGCUGGCCAUCUCUGACCCAGCCAUGUUUCUCCACCCCACUGAUGGGGCUCCAGGGGCCUCUCCCUCCUGGUACUCUCCCCCACCCCGGAUCCUGGCACCCAGAACAAUUGGGAGCAUAUGAAGGAUGUCCCAGUCUUCCCCACGGGAGUGCCUGGCUGCGACAUUAAGCCAGCGGGCAUCUUAGCUUGGGAGUAGGCUGAGCGGCACAGGCACUGUUGGUGCUCUGAUGGGCCUGGCCAGAUUUGCUGGGGUGCUAAGGGAGUUUUCUGGGGUGGAGACAACGGAGGGAACCCAAGAGAGUCCCUCCUGAGGAAGGGGGUUGUCUGGCUCCUUCCUCCGUCUCAGUGUGAGGCCAGGGCAUUGCCCUGGGCCGGGGCUGGGGAGGCUGGGCCCAGGGGAGGGGCUGACUUAUGACAUCUGCAGACUGGUCUCCUGUGUGCCCCAUGGGACCCCUGCUAUUGUUGCCUGUGGCCCCCUUGUCGUGAUACGCAGGUGUUUUUUAAAAGUCUGAGCUAUUUUAUCA